UAUCUUGGUUGUCUCUUCGUGUGGUUCUUCUUUCAAAUGUACGCUCUGUGAGGUGAUGGAAAACGUCCUUUAAGAGGGUCGAGUACCAACAGAUGGUCAUAAGUAUAAGGUUAACCAACAACGUAGGUCUCCUGGAUCUGAAUUUCUGUUGGAUUUGAAUAGACCUCGAGUGAGGACCUUUAAGUUGCAAUCUACAAGGCGCAGUAAAUUCCAUAUUGUAGGAAUUCUUGGCCAACAAUUUAGACCUCUGAAAAGUCAGCAUAAUCCGACAAUCGCUAUACUGAAGAUUCCUGAGGAAAGUGCUUGUUCAUUGUCGUCUUGUUGGUUGGUUCUCUCAAUUUUGAAUUCUCCAGUGUCGAUUUCUGGGACUUCAUCUAGUUCUCGCUCAAUUGAGGAUUUAAGUCGUCUUUGUUAUAUACUAUUAUCUUGUGUCAAGGGAAGCAUCUGGUACAAGCGUUUUUAUCUUCAAUUCCUCACACUCCUUGAGAUAUUCUCCUAUAUUCAUAUUCAUCUUGCUGUCGGACAGUCACAAGCAGUCAUUCCGUCCGUCUUUCAUCAUUAAUAACCAUUCAAGGAACACUCGACGUACUGCAUUCAUGUCCUCAUGACUUUCCAAGUCUUACAUUGCAGUUCUCACAACCAUUGUUCUCUCACCUGAAUCAAAACUAUUCUUUCCCCGUCGACCCCUUGCGAAAUGUUUCUCAGUCCUCGAUACAAAUUCAUUAUCUACCUCUUCCCUUUUCUCACACUAUCAAUACAUGCACAAAUGACACAGAUAUGUGAUUCUACAAAUGCAACAACGAAAUCUGGAAGAUACACAUUCUUCCCAGACAUUACAACGACUGAUAAAGAUGGAUAUCAAUGCACAGAUUUCUCCCUCGCCGACGAAAACAGCGGUAGCGUAGGCUCAACAACUCAAUUCAACACCACUUUUUCCUGGUCAUCCUCCCCCGAUAUCUCGACCCCGCACUCCUUCCCCUCCCUAACCCUCAAUCUCCCCUCCAUCCUCCCCAUCCCCAUCUCCAACAUCUCUCUCUUCCCCAUCACCAACAACUGGGCCCUCUACCCCGGCAACCCUCUCCACACCAUCUCCGCCACCACCCCCGAUUCCCUACUAAACGCAUCCGUCAUCGCCGCCUGCUACCUGAACAUCUAUCUCGAUCUCGAACCCUCCCUCUCCCUCGACAAACGAUUCUCCGCCACCAAAAUCUCCAUCUGGCAAGCCAACUACGGAGGCUUAAUCCCCCUCGGUUACAACGACACCACAUCCACAAUCACCAGACCGGUCAUCAAUCUCGCCGGAAUCUCAUAUACUCUCUACGUAUCGCAAACCUCCCCAUCUACUUCCUCUUCUUCUGCGUAUUCGAAUUCCUCCACAGUAGUAAACGAUGAACCGCAAGUCCCACAAACGAUAUACACGUGGUAUCCCUCCGUCAACGCCACAAGCCUCACCGCAAUGGAUAUCUCCCCCCUGCUCAAUUAUCUCUGGAGAGAAGUAUAUAUCUCGAGUAACACGUACGUGGGAUUUGUAGAGUGGGGAUUGGAUGCGAGAAAUAGUAUUGGGAAUGUAACGUGGAGUGUGUAUGAGACGGGGAUGACUGUUAAACCGGGGACGCCGGUGAGGGCUGUGGGGAUGGGGAGAAGGAAGGAGGUGGGGAGGGGCGAGAUGCUGGCGCUGGUGGGGUUGUUUUUCGGGGCUGUGGUGUUGUUUGGAUAG